AAUGUGUACUGUGGAAGUUCCUGUGAACUGCUGCUUCACACCCUGUGAACUGGAGAGCCGUUCUAUAAUGGCGGUGUGUCUAUCUGGUCUGGAUCAUCUAUUGCUUUAGUUACCUUUGCUACCAGUCAUACAACUCCAUCCAUCAUCAAGAUAACCAAUGUCAACAGAAGACCAGGAAGCCCAGGAGGAUGAACUGCUAGCCCUGGCUAGUAUUUAUUCAGAAGAUGAAUUUAAGAGGGCAGAUGCUGCUGCAGGAGGGGAAAUUCAAGUAUGUUUGGAUUUACCCUCACAUUUUAAAAUAUCUGUAAAAGGUAACAGUGCUGCGGACUCCAUUACUGACCAUUUUGAGAACACUGUGUGCUUUCUACCACCUAUUGUGUUGAACUUUGAACUUCCUCCAAGUUAUCCAUCUACUGAACCCCCGAAUUUCACAUUAAGUUGCAAGUGGCUUUCACCAGCACAGCUGACUCUGUUAUGCCAGCAUUUAGAUGACCUCUGGGAGGAGAACUGGGGAUGUGUUGUCUUGUUUGCAUGGAUUCAGUUUCUGAAGGAGGAGACACUCGAUUACUUGAAUAUAAAAUCUCCACAUGAGAUUGAUCUGUGUAGUGAUGGUCUACAGAGUUGUAUUCAAUCUGAAAAGACCUGCGCUGAUGGGGUCUUACUGGACAAGCGUGCCAUACAAGACGUGCAGUCAGUGCUUGCCCUGGUGAAAUACAUCUUGGACUUCAAUGAAGCUCAACAGAAGAAGGCUUUUGAUAGCAAACCAUUCUUGUGCAAUAUCUGUUUUAUGGAGAAAUUGGGCAGUGAGUGCACCCACUUUAAGGAUUGCCAGCAUGUGUACUGUAACAGUUGUCUCAAGGACUACUUUGAAAUCCAGAUUAAGGACGGACAAGUCCAUGCACUAAACUGCCCUGAACCAAAGUGCACGUCUGUUGCAACACCUGCUCAGGUAAAGGAUCUUGUAGGGGAGCAGCUUUUCAGUCGCUAUGAUCGUCUCCUUUUAAAGUCAAGCUUGGAUUUAAUGGCCGAUGUCGUUUACUGUCCACGUCCAAGCUGUCAGACACCAGUCAUGCAGGAACCAGAGACUACGAUGGGAAUUUGCUCAGUCUGCCAAUAUGCAUUUUGUAUCCUUUGUAAAAUGACCUUCCAUGGAGUUUCCCCUUGCAAAGUAACUGCAGAAAAACUUGUCUUGUUGCGUGGAGAAUAUCUGGCUGCAGAUGAAGAAGGCAAGAAAUUCCUGGAGAAGAGAUAUGGAAAGAGAGUAAUCCAAAAGGCUGUGGAAGAAAUGGAGAGUAUGGACUGGCUGGAGCAGAACUCCAAGUGCUGUCCUCGCUGUGGAACUCAUAUUCAGAAAAUUGAUGGCUGUAACAAAAUGACCUGCACUGGGUGUAAGCAGUACUUCUGCUGGAUCUGUAUGAGUUCACUGUCUCGAGGAAACCCAUAUCUUCACUUCAAUGAUCCUGCUUCAGAAUGCUUUAAUCAGUCACAGUUAAGCGCUUGCCGGAAGACGACCAGGGGGCAGGGAGAGGCAGCACUGUCCAAAGCAAGCGAGGUUGUUCUUUGGAAUAAAUGUAGAUCAGGAUCUUUUCGGUGAUGACGGACAAGAGUGAUGUGCAUCUCGAGUGAUCACUGAAUAUUACAAAUAAUGUUAACAGUUUUUAUACAGGACAUAUUGAUCCUUUGGAUUGACAUACACAUUCAUGUUUUACAUUCAAGCAAGAAUGUUUGAAAGUUUUGAUUUAAGCAAUGGCUGUCAAUAAUUCACUCAAUGUCUGUUAAUAAUGGCCUUAAGUUUAAAUGUCAGAUACUGAUAUCAUAUGCCAAAAUAAAGAGGUUUGAUUUCUCUUGA